AUGACGUUCUUCUGUUUUAACAUACUGAACCAGACUUUGACCCGUUUGGCGGAUCUAUUGAAUGCGUAUGUCGAAGCCAAACAGUCGAAAUGGAGUGCGUUCACCAAACUAUUCACUUCGAAAGCAGCCGAUGAGUCCGAGACGAACACUAAAACGCGAGAGAUAAUAAAGCUACUAGAACGGGAUCACGAACAGGUCCUACUACAGCAAAU